AUGUCUGAUUUCGACAACGACUUCCCGGCCGAGGGGGAUGACUCCAUGAUGGAUGAGGCAGGUGGCUCCUACGAAGCCGCACCAGGUCACCCGCCAAAAGCCCGACGCGCAGAUUAUGAUGACGAGGAGGAGGAGGAAGAGGAGGAGGAAGAAGAGGAAGAGGAGGAAGAGUCUGGUCGUGGAAGGAAGCGUGCAAAGCAUCGUCACAAGCGGUCCUUCGCCAAUGAAUUCCUCGACAUUGAAGCCGAGGUCACGGACGAAGAGGAAGAAGACGAGGAAGAUGAUGACUUCGGUGGUCCUGAUGGUUUCAUUGAGGCGCCUCAGGAAGGAGAUGAAGAUGACUUGCAGCACCGCUCGCGCAAUGCUCUGCUAGACAGGAAACGUGAUCAGGACUUCGACGACGGCGACUUGGAAAGGAUUGCUGAAGACCUGAGCAAGCGGUACUCUAACAACCGAGCCAUCCGAUACUCAGGCGAUAUGAAUGACAUUCCCCAACGGCUAUUGAUGCCUUCAGUGAACGAUGCCAACUUGUGGCAAGUCAGAGUCAAGCCUGGCAAAGAGCGGGACAUAGUGCUGUCGCUGCUACGCAAAUCCAUCGACUUGGAAUAUACCGCCAACCCACUGAACAUUCUCUCAGCAUUCCAACGCGAUUCAUUACCUGGCAUGAUCUAUGUCGAAGCGCGUAGUGCGCAGCAGGUCAACAAAGCUUGCACCGGUCUGGUCGGUGUUUAUCCCAGUCGAGGAAUACAUCUUGUUCCCAUUGAAGAAAUGGCCAGCCUGCUCCAAAUAAAAAAGCAGGACUUGACUGUGACACCAGGAAGCUGGGUACGAAUCAAGCGGGGCAAAUACCAGGGUGAUUUGGCUCAGGUGAUGGAUAUCACCGAAAAUGGAGAGGAUGUUGGUUUGAAAUUCAUACCGCGCAUCGACCUCAACCCCCGAGAUGAAAGCAGCCUUGAUGGUCGCAAACGAAAAAAGCCUGGCAUCGUGGGCGCUCCUAAUAUGCGGCCCCCUCAGCGUUUCUUCAACUACGAAGAGGUUAUCAAGGUCUACACCCGCAAAGCCGUUGCCAAGCGUAACCAGGUCUAUGUGUUUCAAAACGAGACGUACAAGGACGGCUUCUUGGAGAAAGAUUUCAAGCUGAGCGCACUCAGUUUGGAUGAUGUCAAUCCCACUCUGGACGAGAUCACUCGAUUCACAAGGGGUCAAGAUGGAACGGAGAACGAGAGCAAUGUCGACUUAUCCAUCAUUGCUGAAGCUUCGCGGAAGGCAGCUAUUGCCGUGCUGCAACCAGGUGAUCAUGUCGAAGUGUUCGAAGGUGAACAGGCUGGUAUGCACGGUGUUGUCGAGGAAGUUUCGCAAGAUGUCGUAACGAUAUCCGCCGUCGGUGUCGACAUUGAUGGUCAACGCAUUGAUCUCCCUGCUCGUAGCGUGCGGAAACGGUUCAAACCUGGUGACCAUGUCAAGGUCAUGACGGGAAAAAACGCGGACGAGACAGGUUUGGUUGUUUCGGUUACAGAGAAUGUUGUCACUUUCUUGUCCGAUUUGUCUCUGCAAGAGGUAUCGGUAUUUUCCAAAGAUCUUCGAGAGGCUGCCGAAGUUGGUUCAGGCACGAAUAUUGUUGGUGAUUACGAGCUACACGACUUGGUACAACUAGAUCAGCAAACAGUCGGUGUCAUAUUCAAGACUGAAAGAGAUUCUUUCCGUGUUGUGGAUCAGAACGGUCAAGUUCGCUUGGUCCAACCACAUCAAAUUUCCAUGCGCCGUGAUUCUGGCCGUUCGUUUGCAAUUGACUCCCAAGGUCACGAGUUGCGUAUAAACGACAACGUCAAAGAAGUCGACGGAGAGGGCCGCAAAGGACGCGUUCUGCACAUUCACCAAUCCCAAUUCGCUUUCUUGCAUAACCGAGAAAUCAACGAAAACGGAGGUGUAUUUGUAGCUCGGUGUCGUUCUUUGGCUUCUGUUGCGCCGAAGGGGAAUUUGAUCAAGCCGGGCACCGAUCUCUCAAAAAUGAACCCCGCGAUGGCCGUGCCUGCUGGUGGUAUGGUGGGCUCCGGAAGUAUGGGUCGCGGGCCUCGAGAUCGCUCCGUUGGCUCGCUGGUAGUCGUAGUCAAAGGUGUAUACAAGGGCUACGCAGGGACCAUCAAAGGUACUAAUGGAAACGUCGCCCGCGUCGAGCUUCAAACGGGUAAUAAAGUCAUUACCAUUGACAAGGAGAAGUUGAAGCGUCGAAAGCGACCGCCGCAAAAUGGCUUUGGUGGUGGGGGAGGAGGGGGCGGAGGAGGGGGCGGUGGCUAUGGCAGGAUGGCUCCGCCGUCUUUGACGUCUCGGACGCCGAACCCCUACGCAUCUGGUGGAGGUAGGACACCUGCCUGGGGUACUUCAUCAGGUCGCACACCUAAUCCCUAUGCAUCUGGUGAUGGGAAAACACCUGCAUGGAAUGCUUCGUCUCGCACGCCCAAUCCCUACGCAGACGGAGGGAAGACUCCAGCAUGGAAUGCAUCCUCGCGAACCCCUAAUCCUCACGCUCAGGACGGCGGGCGUACCCCAGCUUGGAAUGCCAAUAGCGGUAGAACGCCAAAUCCAUAUGCAUCUGCCUCUGGUUCCGGUAGCACCCACGGGAGCUCGGGUGGAUGGGAUUCUGGCGGCUGGGGUAGCAACGGUGGCGCUUCUCCUGUUCGAACGAAUUGGGAUUCUGGCGAUUGGGGGUCUACUCCAAUGGGCGCACCGACACCAGCAACAGCACCCACUCCUGGCCCCGGACAUGGUUAUGGUGGAUCAGCCCCGACACCGGGAGCUGGAUAUAGCGGCGCAACGCCCUUGUCGGCACCAACACCGUUUGCCUACAAUGCUAUGACCAAUCUAACAUCGGCACCUACUCCUGCUCCGUCUGGUAUGCACGAUGAUGUUGAUAUUGGUGAAGAAUGGCUGCUCGAGAUACCGGACCAAUACCAGACAAGAGUCAACGUGAAGGUCAAGGGCACGACGAUGGGCGAACGAUUCUACGACGGUUCACUUGAGGACCUCGAGGGCAUUGUUACGCAGGUCAUGCGUUCCUCCGACCUAACACAAACGGCGUCCGUCCACUUCAAGUCGAGGCCAAGUGGUAUUCCUUCCAUUGUCAACAUCCCCAUCAAAUAUUUGACUCCGGUACAUCCAACGCGCAUUUCAGAACACGUAUACUGCUUCGAUGGUCCGCAGAAAGGGAAGGUUGUUGUCGUUCGUGCUGCUCCAGAGAAUACGACAACGGUGGUAUCAUCCGUCGACCUCAUUGGAGGCUUCUUCGAAAUCGAUACUGAUAUGCUUGUCGUAUUGACCCCCGUCGACGACCCAUAG